CGCUCACCACGGCACGGUGGAUGAGGUCCUGAACUCCACGGUACCGGAAGGGGCGCUGCACGACCUGGCUUCAUCCGCCUGUCAUCCGCAGGUCAGCAGUCUGGUGUGCGCGGUCAUCAUGCCGAGUUGUAACGAAAGUCUCUUGAGACAACAGCUACCCUGCCGGUCUUGGUGCGAAGAGGUCCGGGCGUCGUGUGUCGGGAACGGUUCUUGGCCGGAGUUUCUGUCGUGCGACAUUUUCCCACAUUCAGAUUGCUACAAUACCAAGGCCCUGACGUCAGAAGAUACAGAUAUUGAAUGUUUCCACGGGAGCGGGACGAACUACAGAGGGGACGUGAACAAAGGUCGGUCCGGGGCCGAGUGUCUCCGGUGGGACACGGACGACAACAAGUACUACAUCAGCCAGUACCCCUGGGCAAACCUGCAGGACAACUACUGCCGCAACCCGGACCCGCGGCGGGGGUGGUUUCUGCCCUGGUGCUACACUGCAGACGGCCCGGAGCCAUGCGAUGUUGUUCCUUGCAAUAACAGGGGCUGUCUUGAUCCGGGGAAACCUGAGUUCGGUCAGCGGAGGCCUCUUCUGAACUUCUACCCACUCGGAGAGUGGAUCACUUUCAUCUGUGACAAGGGGUACAUAGUCCAGGAUGACACCCUCCUGAACAGGGCGCAAUGUGUCAGCAACGGUACAGGGCAGAUAGGGAGGUGGUCUCCCUCUGAGGUACCCAAUUGUGCCGUGGACCACCAUGCACGACUCGUGAAUGAUCUCCUGGGUCCGGACGUGUACAACAAGGCGCUGCCUCCCCGCAGGUUCAGCCGUCUGGACUUCCAGGCCUACAUCGUCAACGUCGUGAAUUUGGACGAAAGGGAGGAAAUCAUAAUUUCUGACGUCAAAACAGAAUACACGUGGAAAGAUAGGCGUUUGAUCUGGCACACAGGGGACUAUGGUGGCAUAACAGAUAUAACUAUUGCUGCGAGUCUUCUCUGGAUGCCCAGUCUGAUACUGAAAACAAAUGCGGACACACAGUACAGUGGAUUCCCUGAAGUAGAGUUGAAGGUGGACAACACUGGUGUGGUCCACUGGACAGUGGAGACGCUGACGACCACCACAUGUGAGCUGGACCCUUACAUGUUCCCCCAGGACAACAUGACCUGUUCCAUCUGCUGGACUGCUGGACAAAACUACCAAAUGAGCUGUUCGCAGUCGCCGAACAACGACGACCCAAAUUUCUUGACCUGUACCAACUCCACAACGUCGAUCAAGUAUGGAGAAUGGGGCGGGCACAUCACCCUGUCUACCGACAACAACAACAACAAAGAUGCCUGUCUCAUCGUGAAACUUCAGCGGGACCCUCGCUACCACCUGGCGACGACCAUCUCUCCCUGCAUCAUCCUGGUGGUCCUGAUGAUCAUCACGUUCCUGUUACCCAUCGAGAAGGGGGACCGCAUCUCCUUCAGCGUCACCGUCAUGCUGUCCAUGGUCGUGUCGCUAGUCGUCGUCACUGGAUUCCUACCCGUAAACGGAACCCUACCAUUCAUUGCUAUCUUGAUCAUCGUGUCCAUGGGAAUGAUGGGAAUCUUCACCCUGACGACCCUCCUGGUUCUCAGCAUCCACAACAAGAAGGGGACCCUGCCUGGCUGGGCACGGACAUUCUUCCUGCGCUACUUAGCAAUAGCUGUUUUCAAAGGAGACCUUACGAAGAAGUUGAACGACGACAGCGAUGAUCCAUUUGACGGUGUUGGCAGUGACGGCAUCUACACGAAGAAGAAGGGCAGGUUUGGCUCGUACACUAACGACGCCUUUGAGCAGGAAGACUUUGCAAAACCCUCCUCGGUAAAGAUCAAACCAAACAAUGAAGCUGGGGCCGCCAUGUCCCGUUUGGAGGCCAGUGUUAGCAAACUGGCGGCUAGCAUCGAUGCCUUAGCACAGGCAACAAGUGGAGACGAUGAAGAGACGACGGAUUAUGCUUUGUUGGCUCAUGUUCUGGACAGGCUGUUCCUUAUGCUGUAUGUUGUGGGUAUCAUCAUCGCUGUUCCCUGUACUCUAUACUUUGGGCGUGUUUAGGACGUUGACGAUUUUUUAUGGGACACCAAAAGUUUUGAUUUAACAUUCCCUACCAUAAUAUAAGACUCUAAUUAAUCAUAAUACCACCAAAGAAAGUAAAAAUGAAUUUAAGAUCUAUUAGUGCCGAGGCUGUAAUUUUCGAGAUAUUCACACAGCAGACAUUCAGAUGUUCCAACACAUUUU